AUGAUUGUUGCUUCUGGCAAUACUUACACCGCUGCCAUUGUUGUUGCAGCAGACAAUGAGGCUGUUGCACUGGACGGAGCUGCCGGACAUGGCAGUGCAAGUGGUGCCGAGGGUGCUCUCGGGAGCACAGCAGAAGGGGCUGCCGGAGGAGCACUGGAUGCUCUGGAAGACAGGAGCAACUGGGCGGGAUGGGCGCUGUGGGCGGGGAGGAGAGCGGCUGGCGACAGCAGUGGUGGCGAGGAGAGCGACAACGGCGACGAUGUUGGAGAGCUGCAUUUUGAUGGUUUUUGGGGGUUGAUUAAGAAGAAUUCUUAA